AUGCGAUCGACUUGUCUGCUCGUGCUCCUUUUUGCCACCUUCUUGCCAUUCGUGCAAGGACAAGCCCCGUGCAGCAUCACCGUCUCGGACGUGACUGCGCUCUACAACGAACUUGGCUCCCCAAGCACGAGUACAGUUGUGUGCAUUCAGCCCGGAACCUACACCUUCCCCAAUCAACGGACAAUCAACCGAUCGGUUUCUUUUCGAGGUCUGGGCGCUCGUCCGGAAGAAGUGGUUAUCUCUAUCGCAUCUGGUCGGCUCGUCCUCAAGAACGUCAUUCUGGACGGCUGCACCUCGACGACGCAGUCCCAAGCUGCCGGUCUCCACCUCUUCGGCAGCAACAAUGUUGUGAUGACAGACUCGGUCAUUUCCAACAAUCAAGUUUGGGAUUAUGGUGCCGGCAUGCGCAUCGGGUCGAGCUCGAACGUCCAACUCCAAAACGUGACGUUCUUGAACAACGUGGCAUCGACGAGUGUAUCUAGCAAUUAUGGCGGGGCCAUCGGCAUCGUCGAUGCUUCGAGCACUGUCACUAUCAUCUCAUGCACAUUUACAAACAACCGAGCCUAUUCCGGAGGCGCGAUCGGCACCAAGGCUGGAAUCUCAAACUCGCUGUCCAUCUCCAAGUCGACGUUUACAGGAAACAUUUGUGCGGGCUCUGGCUGGGGCCAUGCCCUCAGUCUCGGAACCUUAUCGACUACUCAAGUAGUAAUUUCAGACAGCACUUUCAAUGGCAACUACGCCGUGAGCAACGUGGCGACUUCCAGUAUCUUUGUACCCGACGGCAGUGGAGCGCCCUUGGUGCUCAUUUAUAACGUGGUUGCUACCGGUCAGACCUCAUCGAAUGGGUUUGACAACACGGAUCUCGGCUUUGGAGGCAUAGGAAAGGUUUCUUGGACGACCGACGAUGCUGCUCGCCUCACAGUUACCCAAGGCUCUGCUUCAUGGUAUACCAUCUCUCCUGCAGCGUUUUGUGCCAACUCUCAAGCUGUCCCCUCGUGGAUGAUCAAUACCGUCGAAGAGUGCGUGCUUCCUUCAAUCUCUGCGGCGUCCCUGAGAUCCUUGUCGAUCGCAUCCGUCUCCAUCGUCUCAGCAAGCUCGGUUUCGCAAAUCUCGGUUGCUUCGGUUGCUUCAGUCGCUUCUGCAAGCUCUGCUCAGUAUAUUGCGAGCUCGUCCGCAUCUGCUGCUUCGGCUACGUCUGUUGCCUCGGCGGGAUCUGUCGCGUCCUUGAAAUCUGUCGCCUCGGUGGUGUCUGCUGCAUCCGCCGAGUCCGCUCAGUCAGUAGAAUCCGAGUCUGCCCGGUCUGUCGAGUCCAUUGUUUCGAUUGAGUCUGGAGUCUCUGUCGAAUCUGCGCGAUCUGCCGCAUCUGUCGCAUCGCUCUCUCCAACGGCAAAGUCAUCGAACAACGACUCUUCGAGCUCCAUCGCUCCCAUUAUCGCGGGCGUUGUUGCAGCAAUCGUUGUUCUCCUCAUUCUUGCGGUACUUGCGCUCGUGUAUCGCCGCAACAAGCGCCGUCGUGCUGCAAAGGCUGCGAACGAAGACCAUGCCUACGGAUUGCAGCUAAACCCGCUGGCCAAACGUCCCGCAGCAGGGCAAGAGUACGACACUCUCAAGCCGCAAGAGUACGAAUCGCUCAAGCCGCAAGAGUACGACUCUCUCAAGCCGCAAGCGGGUGCACCUACCAGCCAAGCCUACGACACUCUUGCCGGGCCCGUGGACAGGCCUCGGACCGUCCACAAGGCUACAGACGGCGAGUACGAGAGUCUCACGCACUCUGACCCGACAUACGCCGAUCCCCGUAUUUCGCGACGCCCGCAAGCUUCAGAGAGCAUCACUGCAAAUCCAAUGUACGAAACGCCCAUUCCUACUACAGGCGACACGUACGCACGGUUGGACAAGCCCGUGGAAUACGCCGAGACCGGCAAGGGCAGCAAGAGCGAAUCGACGGACUACACGAGUAUUGCCAGCGAUUGGCGAGGCUCCAAGACUCCCGAAGCAGCUUAUUCCAUUGCAGGCCAGGCUGACGACGUGACCUACUCGAUUGCACAUCCGGGUGAUGUGACCUACACGACUCCGGAUUUGCAGCAGCCAAGCCAACAGCAAUACGCUGACUUGUCGCACGAAACCGAGUAG